AAUCACAUCUCGGAAUUCGUCGCCUAAUUACCAUAAUUCGCGUCGCUCCACCAAUGAGCUGAGGCGGGCGUGGACGGGUUUUCUCGCGCCGCUAGUAGAACGGCUUGGAGCAGGACCAGUGUUCUUCUCCUCAGUGGAGAAUGGCGGCUGCUGCGUGCAGUCCGCUCAGCGCUUGUCCGGCUAACACGCAUCCGCGAAAAACCAAAGACACGCGGAAGAGACGCGCGGCUCUGUUGUUUCUGACUAACAUUUCCCUGGACGGCCGGCCGGUGAUUCACGUAAACAAUGCGACUGAGUUUGACGGCACGGAGGUCGGUUCAGCGGGGAACGAACUGUCGCCGGCGGUCGGGAGCUACAGCACCUUUUCUAACCUGUCUGCCGCGAGCGCACUCCUGAGUGUGCCUCCUAUUCUCGUGCUGCCCUCAGACUCGGAGUACGAGAACGUUGAAAAAACGGAGACAUUCUCGGGGUCUUUUUCCUCCUCACAGGGGAACCUGCUGUCCCCCUGCAGCCUUCAGCCAAGUCCAGUCGCAGCGCGGAAGUCCCCGACCUUGCUGUCCGUCCAGAGCUGCGCUUCAUCUCUGGAUUCUCGGCAGAGGUCACGCAACCUGUCAGGUUCUCAUUGGCCCCGAUCCUUGAAGAAAGUUCACUUCGUUAAGAACAUGAGACAGUAUGACACCAGAGGCAGCAGGAUCGUGCUUAUCUGUGCCAAGAGAUCACUGUGUGCUGCAUUUUCUGUGCUGCCUUAUGGAGAGAGCUUUUACAUAAGUGACCCAGCCCUGAGCACCCCCAGGCGGAGGCACUCGUCUGGGGGGAUUUCCACCACACUAGAGAUGCUCCCUGGACUGGAAGGGGUGGAGCUUGGCAUUUAUGGCAGGACUGUGUCUUAUGCCCAGUUUCUGUACCCCACCAAUGCUCUGGUUCGUGAGAAGCCACCAGAAAUCGCUUUGCAGAUGCCGUACUCCAGAAACAGCAUCCAAUGCACCAGCUACCCUCCAUCCCGCCUCAACAGCACUGUAGGCUUCGACUUGGGUGUGGAUGACAUUGAUUAUGACCCCAACCUGCUAAGUGACCCGCAGUGGCCUUGUGGGAAGCACAAGAGAGUCCUGAUCUUUGCCUCCUAUAUGACUACAGUAAUAGAGUAUGUGAAGCCGUCAGAUUUGAAAAAAGACAUGAAUGAGACCUUUAAGGAGAAAUUUCCUCACAUCAAGCUAACUCUCAGCAAGAUCCGAAGUCUGAAGCAAGAGAUGCACGCAGUAGGUGAGGAGUGUGCUCUGCAGCCAGUGACCAUCGCCAUGGCAUUUGCGUACUUCGAGAAACUCGUCCUUCAGGGCCGCCUCAACAAGCACAACAGGAAGCUGGUGGCCGCCGCUUGCCUCCUGCUGGCCGCCAAAAUCAGCAGUGACUUCAAGAAACAAGAAGUCAAACAGCUGAUUGAUAAGCUGGAGGAGAGGUUCCGUCUUAGCCGGCGCGAGCUGAUCGCCUUCGAAUUCACCAUCCUGGUGGCUCUAGAGAUGGCCCUCUACCUUCCUGACAGCAAGGUCAUGCCACACUACCGCAAACUGACCCAGAACCCCUGCUGAACAGCUUGUGGUCAUCAAUACUGGUCCAUAUGAGAGGAGGGGAAAUAAAAGGUUGCCAGUGGCACAUGUUAAAGUUUAGCAGUGGUCAGUGCUGAUGCACGUCUACACUAAGCUCUGGGGGAAGAGGAAGAGGAUCUGUUUACACGCUUCAGGCUAGUACAGAGUCUGUGUGUAUUAUAGUUAGUAUUUAACUCCUGUUUUGGUUUUUACUUCUAAUCUCACAUAGCACUAAUGCGGGGAAGAUUAUAUGGCAGUAAUGUUAGAUGAAGAGAAGGUUUUAUCAACUCUAAACACUCAAUUAACAAGGGAAGUCUUUUCCCAGAUCCCGUGUCUGUCUUCCAUAUCAGUUUGCCAAAAAUUACUUUUUAUUUUUUAUCUUUAAUUAAUCAGAACUCUCCUUUGUCACAUUGUACACAUUGCACAUUGUACGAACUUACAGUCUCUACAGAGGAUUACAUUCAGACAUUUCCCACAGUAUAGAAAGGUUUUAUUCAUCUGUAUUUUAUGCAAUAUAUGCAUUCUUGAACACAGUUUAUAUUCUUGGUAUCACACGCCUGUAGCAGUAGUAUGUGAUCAGACUCAGUGUGCAGUAUUUGGUCUUGUUAUGGGUUCUGUAAGAGAUUUUAAGGCUCUGGUUGAAAAAAGUGCUCUAUAUUAGAGCUGAUUUGAACUAAAGCACAUUUACUGUGCUUAUGUGUUCUAUUAUUUUCUACUUUUAAACUUUCCGUUAAAAUAUAGCGCGUGGCCCAGUUUGUUUGCCCAAAGUUAUUGGUGCUUUGUUUAUAAUGGUUAGAUAAUAGCUACAGUGUCAGAGUGAACAUUAAUAUGUAUUUAAAGUGGCAACCAAUACAAAGCCUGCAGCGAUUCCUGUUCCUUUAGGAUACUGAAAGACACAGAUUAAUAAUAGAGAUUUCCUCUCUGUGACAAUCCUAAGCAUCUCUUAGAAUUACUCACACACUCUACAGACACUGUAAAGCAGGGUUGUCAAACACACAGACUGAUAAACGUGAAACUAAAAUCAUCGUGUGGACCAUAAUUGAAUCAAAAAAAAUUAAAUAAAGUCUCUGUUAUUCCAGUAGGGGGCAAAAUAGAGUAAUAAACGUCAUUUCAUUGUCAAAUUGAUGCUGCAACCACAUUUCUUUCCAUGAGAACUAAUUUAUUUAUUUAUUUAUUUUUUUACCCAAGCAGCAAGACUACAUGCUUAUGCAGUCAUAACUUUCACAUUUUUUAUUUGUAAACAUAUUUUCAAACUAUAUAUCGAGUUGUGUAGAGACAUGAUAUAUAAUGUAUAAUCCCAAAUCGAGGGGGGGUUAAUAUUUAUGCAAACUUUUGUGUACAUAUGGUAAAACCACCAUUUAGAAAAUGUCUUUUAUUUUGCAGUCUGGUCAUCUGUAGGUGAUAUACCUGUAUGUUUAAUCUGCACCUUUCAGAUGAACACUGCUAAAUGAACAUAUUUAAGAGGAGUUGAUGAAGUGUUCUUGGUCUUCUAAACUGAUCUUGUUUUGAGUCUGGCUCAAAUGUAAUGAGGUUCGUUAUAUCAAAUUAGUUUUACACCCCUGCUGUAGAGUAUCAGUAUUAAAUGUAUCAUUUCCGUUGUUGUUGACAACGAUAGACUCUGAUACUCGGGUCAGCCAGCAGUUGUGCUUUGUGUUAAUUAGCAGCGCUGGUGACUUUCAGGCAAACAGUAUUAUCUUUUAUUCUGAUGGCUUUUAGCCAGCAACUGCUCUAAGUGAGAACUCAAAAUAAACUAGUCUAAAUAUUUCAAUCCGGAUUCUAUUGUUCUAGGAUAAACCUGCAAAGCUAAUGUGAUCUAUUUUUGCUAAUACAUAAUGCAGAACUGCUGCAAGGCCCUUUCUUAUUCAUUUUUAUUUUGUGUUUUAGUACGUUUUCAUGAAUGCAGCUUGCAAAACCCACAGGUAAUAUCCUCCAGCAUCGAGUGUCAUGUAAAACUCCUUCAAACAUAUCAUCUGAUCACCGUUAACUAGAAUCGAAUGAGCACUGAGAUAAAAAUCUAGAACACUGUGUUUAUAUAAAGUCUUCCUUCCGUCAUACUCAUUUACAAAUGUCUGAUAUACAGUACUUUAUUAGCAAACACUGUAUACUGGUGUUGUGUAUGUUUUUAUAUAUUGACAAUGUUGUGUGCUUCCUGUAGAGAUACUGUACUAUUCAGAGAUGAUGACAAAUUGAGAUAUUUGCACUUUAGCAAAGCUGUGUGUGUGUGUGUGUGUGUGUGUGUGUGUGUGUGUGUGUGUGUGUGUGUGUGUGUGUGUGUGUGUUGAAGAACUGCUGAGUUUGCGGUAAAUGUAUAAAAUGGUGCCGUUGAUGCAAAUGGAGCAAUUCUUCACUAAUAGUCUAAAGGGGACUGGUACAAUACUUAAUAUUAUGCAAUAUUUUUUGGAUUUGUGUUAACCAAUGUAUGGCAUUUAAAAUGCCAACUCUUGUUAAACAUUGGCAAUAAUUAUGAGUUGAAAAAAAUAAUUUCUUAGGGGACAUAUUUUUCCAAUUUCAUAUGUGGAGACCCGACAUUUAUUUUCCAUUAAUUUUGCUGAUGGUUUUUAUCUUUAAACUUUGUAACCCAAGCAUUUCAAGUUGAAAUCUAAGCUAAUACAAGUGUUGACUGAGGACUUGGAUUACUUGGACAUUCAAGCCUCAUCGUAAGUGCCUGAGUGAAUGAUUGAUUAUUUGGCAAUGACCAAACUUCAAUAAGAUAAUCAGUAAAACAUUUCACUGUGAUUAUUAUUUAUUUCUCUUUUUUUCCUCGACAGCAGCACUAUUUCUCCACAGUCCCCAAGCAAAACUUUGUCAUUUAAUCAGUGCAGCACUAAAAGGUCAGAUUUGUACUUUUUGACUACUUCAGUUAAUUUAGUAAAGCACUGUGUUUCAUUCCUGUCAGAGCAGAGAGAAAGACCAGCAUGACUGUCACAUGGGUGGAGGUGGAGAUUCAGUUUUUCUGUGACUGUUCAUAUUGGAUGGAUCAUGUUUAAAUAACAAUGAGCAGUGUAACCUUCAUUUUCUAAUAAUGUCAUAUGCAAUCUGUAUCUGCAAAAUAAUAAACAUUUUGUAUUCCAUGUAGCAUCCAUUCAAUUGAUCUCCGUUUUGGGGGGGGGACAAACAUAAAAAUGAAAAAUCUAUUAAUUUUUUUUUCUAUUUUAUUCACAGACUGUUUUAUAUAAAACAAGCAUCCAAACCCUAAAUUCUCAGCUUUUUGUCACUUGCAUUUCAUUUCGCGUUCUUAACAGCAAAGCAAUUUUGUUGUUUGUUUUUUUAAAAGUGUUUCAUCCACACACACACAAAGAUCGGCAGCAGGGGGAGAUAUGCUGAUUUGAACAGGGAAGAGGCAGGGAUAGAAGCUAAGAAGAUGUAUACAGGUGAAUAUAGUUAAAAUUUUGUAAUGACGUACACUGAUACCAAUCUGGCUGAACCUGGUGCUCACCUAAGGAAAAGACAAGUGGAUGACUGACACUAGUAAUGGCAGCGACCAUGAUGAUAAAUAUGUAAUAAUACAAUAUCAAUAUAUGAUCACUCGUCCUUUCUUCUGGGUCAAAACUGUCAAAAUAUAUGCCGAAAAUUAUGGGGUAAAAUUCUAAAACAUCGUAUUCGGAGCAGAGAUUGUUCAGGAAAAUAGAAGAAAAUUGCCAAGGCAAUAAAUGAGUACAUUCAGAAAACAACUUUAUUUUUUUCUUGUUGCUUUCGAAACGGAUAUAGAUUAACUGAUGACGCAUGAAAUGUCUUUGCUUGACCGAGUUCAUAUUUUUCUGCGUGUAUGUUGAUGUAAAUCUGCUUUCAUUUGCAUUGUACUUGUACAUGUAUAACAAGUAUUUGUUUGUAAUAGAAAUUCUUAAGAAAGAGCACUUUCAAAUAUAUUUUCUGAUUUCA